AAUUGCACGGCUGCAUGAAUGAACGUACAGGUAUAUGCAAUUAAUUUUUAGUUCAACGAUAUUUUGUAUGAAUUAAGAAAAAGAAUGGCUUUGCAAAGUAUCACAAAGAUAGCGAUUGGAUGGGCUGCAGCUAUUGUUAUUGGAGUAUGUGCUUUUUCGACAGCGAAAAAAACGGAUACAUGAUAGACGAUAUGAGAAUAUGAGAUCAAGACAACGCAUACGUGAUUCUAAUAUUAUAGAUUAGAAUUAUAUGUUUGGUAACAUAUAUGUGUAUAUAUAUAUACAUACAUAUUAUAAAAUAAGAAACAAUUCAACUACAAAAUGGCUGGGUUACCUCAAUUCAGUGAAGAACAAUUAAAAUUAGUAAGAGAUAUAGAAAUUGAAAUGAUGACUGAUAUGUUUCACCGUAUGACAUCUGCAUGUCACAGAAAGUGUAUUCCACCAAAAUAUACUACCGCAGAAUUAAGCAAGGGAGAAUCUGUAUGUCUAGAUCGUUGUAUUGCUAAAUAUUUAGAUGUACAAGAACGCAUUGGGAAAAAACUCCAACAAAUUUCUUUACAAGAAGAAAGUUUUGCAAAGGGUAAAGCUGUAGAACAACCAAAAAUGAAUUAAGAAUACUAUUUUGUUAGGGAAACUUUAUGUAUAUUAUGCAUUUAAUAGUUUUUUCUUCCGAUGACCUGUAAGCAUCUAUCACUUAAAUAGUGGUAUAAUUUAUAUUUACAAAGUGGUUAUUUCUGUAGUUUACAGAAUGAAACUUAGAAUAAAUGAUUAUAAAACCUUUA